ACAGGUUAAAACUAAGUGACGUUUCAUGCAUUAAGGGGUCAUCGGUAGUAUGCAAUAAUCCACGGUGACAACACAUCCGGGAGGAAUUAUACGGGUAGUGCUAUGGCCGAACUGUUGCCGAGUGCUGCUGAUUAGCAAGAGGGGAGGACAAAAAUGACAGUCCUCUGAUGAUAAAAUUAAUAGUCCCACUCACAACCAAUUAUUCCCUCGUGUAAGCAACUUAUUGCAUGAUGUGGCCGUUAGAAUAAUUAAUUUAACUUCCCAAUAAUUUGUCAAUUAUAUCUCGUAAACGCUCACAUAAAUUUAGUUAUGACUGGCAAAUCUCGACAAAAUUGAGCUUUGAUAUAGCUAGAUAACCAAACGGAAAGUUUUCAGUCACAUAGGGAAUUCGGAAUACUCAAAGGAUAAAGUUUGGAUCAUGAAGACAACCGCAGGUCUAAAUUUUCACAGUUUCGGCAAAAUGCAGAAUUUUUCCUCGAUCCACCAACAGGGGGGAUCAUCAGAGGAUAUAUCUAAACCCAAAAAACCAAGACACAGAACAACGUUUUCGCCUUUUCAAUUGAAAGAAAUGGAGAAAGCAUUUAGGAAAGCACCUUAUCCUGACGUCAUGACCCGGGAGGAACUGGCUAGGCGAUUGGGUUUGAACGAGUCACGUGUCCAGAUCUGGUUUCAAAACAGACGGGCAAAGUGGCGAAAAGGAUAUUCUCCCAAACUGGACAUCAGUUCAAAAUCAAAUGAAAACGAACAGAAAGAGGACCCUAAACCACCAUUACCACCUCCAACCACAAAAGAGUCUACAGAACCUAAGACCGUCUCCUGGCAACCAUGGCCCGUUCUGACUGAAUAUUCUCCCUAUCCUUCUACUUGGAUGGGAUUUGCAAGUCAUACACACAAUCCCAUUCUGUUUAGUCAACAGUCGCUAUUUUAUCCCAGAGAAGUCGGUAGUUCUAGACAAUCCGAUCUAAACGUGCCAUUAAAUCUUGUUCAGAGGGAGUACAGUUAUGGUGAAAAUGUUUUUGAUAUGUCGAAAUUUUUGCCCAAAGAGAAGGAAUGACAUGCAACCCACGAGACACUGCAUAAAUUAUACUUAACUCUCAAACUAGUGAUUAGGAAAUAUGAGUUCUUUGAAUUUUUUUCCUUUCAAUUUUAUUCUUGAGAUUUUUUUUCUUUGCAUUCCCUGUGAAGUCUUUUUCGCUCCCAUCGUGCAUCCUACAUACUAUUAGUAGAAGACCUGUAGUUCUAAUAUGACAGUUGAACUACUAGUUGUUGCAUCGUAGUGUAUGCAACAUAGUUUUAAAAAUGUGUCGAGUUUCAGAACACAAAAUAAUAAGCCAAAUUUGGCAAAUGAAUAAAUUUAGAAUAUACAAAUUAUGUUAUAAAUUUAAAUGUAAUCUUGAUUGCUAUUUUAGCUAGUUAAUUUUUUUGUGCCUUUCUGUAAAUAGUUACGUUCUUCAGUAUUUUUACGGUUAAUAUUUGGAGCUUAUUAUACAUGUAAACUGCUAUAUCUGUGCUGGGCCGUGCAAUUGUACAGCAGUGCUACCUUCAUAUAUACUGUACAUUUUUAAGUACUUGAAUUCGGACAACAAUUAUAAUAGGCUACUGUUAAACUUUUUUAAAGCAAUAUAUUUCUAGCUUUUUAAUGUUUUAUAUUAGUUAUUUAAGUGGUACAUGCCUAUUUUAAAAUAAUAAAUACAAGGUUCUGCAUUGCAA